AAUACAAGUUACCCAGAGAGCCGCAGCUAAGCAGAGACCGUGGUAGGAGGGAGAGAGCCCAGCCCCUGGCUGUGCAGUGGAAAGCCUGAUGCCCGCUCCUCCUCCUGCCAUCGGGAGAGGUCAGAAACCGACCAAAUCAUCUCCCUGGAGUAGGGGCAGCCUCUGGCAUCUGCACUCUGAGGCUCAGAGAACCUCCUCCAGCAGCCUCUCCCAGCCUGACCAGAGCCUUUCCCAACAACUGAGUAACUUCGAAGAGGUGGGAAAGUGCCUUGGGAACAUCUGUGUAGAAGCAGAUGUCAGGUGAAAUCUUCUGGCCUCUGGAGAGCCUCGCUGCCCUGGACGCCUCCAAUGGCCACCCCCUCGUCUGCUUCCUGUGUCAUGAGCAGUAUGAGCACCCGUGCCUGCUAGACUGUUACCACAACUUCUGUGCCAGCUGCCUGCGGGGCCGGGCCGUCGAUGGCCGUCUAGCAUGCCCUCUUUGUGGCCACCCGUCCGUGGUGAAGGGAACCAAUGGGCUGCCGCCGGUGGACCGGCUCCUGCAAUUCCUGGUGGAUGGCUCCUCUGACUGCGAAGAGGCUGUGCGCUGUGCCAACUGCGACCUGGAAUGCCCGAGCCAGGAUGCAGAAACUACCUACUUCUGCAACACCUGUGGUCAGCCACUCUGUGCCCACUGCCGGGAGGAGACUCACAAGGCCAAGAUGUUCUCACGCCACGAUGUUGUGGCCCUGGGCAAACGUACCAAGGACACCCACAAGAAGUGCUCUUUGCAUGGAGAGCCUUACAUUAUGUUCUCUACUGACAAGAAGUCCAUGCUCUGCAUUCGAUGCUUCCGGGACAUGCAGGGGGAAAGCCGGGCACACUGUAUUGACAUAGAGACAGCCUAUGUGCAGGGCUGUGAGAAGCUGGACCAGACUGUCAUGGCUGUGAAGGCUUUGCAGACUUCCACUCGAGAGGCAAUCACCCUGCUGCAGACCAUGGUGGAGGAGGUGAGGCGCAGUGCAGCCGAGGAGGAGAGUGCCAUCCAUACCCUGUUCAGCAGCAUGCAGGAGAAGCUGGCGGAGAGGAAGGCAUUGUUACUGAAGGCAGUGAGGAGCCAGUACGAAGAGAAGGACAAGGCCUUCAAGGAUCAGCUCUCCCAGCUGGUAUCCCUGCUGCCCACACUGCAGGUCCACCUGGUCACCUGCUCAGCUUUUCUCAGCUCAGCCAACAAGGCAGAAUUCCUGGACCUGGGAUAUGAACUGAUGGACCGGCUACAGGGCAUAGUCACUCGGCCCCAUCGCCUGCAGCCGGCGCAGAGCAGUAAGAUCACCAGCGACCACCGCGCUGAGUUCGCCCGCUGUCUGGAGCCGCUGCUGCUGCUGGGUGCGCGCCGGGCGCCGGCGACUGGGGCUGCAGCCGCCAUGCUAUCUGGGUGUUCCACUACCAAGGCCCUGCUUAGUUCUGGCUGCCCAUCCCCAGGUGGAAAGAUGUCUGGGUCACCUAUCCAGAAGCCCACACUGCAUCGAUCCGUCAGCACCAAGGUGCUGCUGGCUGAGGGAAGUGACACCCCCUUCGCAGAGCAUUGCCGCCACUAUGAGGAGACAUACAGGACCCUGCAAUCUGAGAUCCAGAACCUGAAAGAUCAAGUGCAAGAAUUACAUCGGGACCUCACCAAGCACCAUUCCCUCAUCAAGGCAGAAAUUAUGAGUGACAUCCUGCAGAAAUCCCUACAGGUGGAUGGGCAUAUCGCUUCCAAGUAUGCCUCGGUAGAAAGGAUGAGGCCUGUCUUUGAAGAGACAUGGGAGGAAACCUAUCAGAGAGUGGCAAAUGAGCAAGAAAUUUAUGAAGCCCAGCUCUAUGAUUUGUUCCAGCUGAGACAGGAGAACAGCUAUUUGAUCAAUAUCACCCAGCAGAUCACUCCUUAUGUCCGUUCCAUUGCUAAGGUGAAGGAACGGCUAGAGCCCAGAUUCCAAGAACCUAUUGAUGAGCAGUCAGAGAAUUUGCACAAAAUAUAUGAAGACGUGGUGGUGAUCAAUGAGAAUCAAACCAGCAGGGGAUGUGCUUAUCGGGAAGUCUUGCCUAAAGCGUGUUUGGCCGGAAGAACUAUUGAGGCUAUCUCCUCAAAGAGAAAGUUCUGUGUUCAAUUUCUCCCCCAGAUAUUGCCAUUAUCAUUUGUUCACUUGCUACAUUAAAGCAUAGUUCAGCAGAUAUCACUUACCAGUAAACCACUUGGAUGAAAGCUUUCUUAUAUUCUAAAAGAAACUAAUCUGCAUGAUCCCAAAUUAAUUUGCAUCUCCCACACACCCCAUGGCUCAGUAAGACCCUAGCUCACACUGGUCCAUCACAGAGCUAGCUUUCCUGGUUGCUGAGUAGCAAGUAGCUCAUGUCAAACAUUCCCUCCUCUUGGUAACUAUAGUUACAGAGAUGGAUGAGUUUAUUUUUGAUUACAUCAAAACCUUUAAGGUAGGCAAAUGAUAUUGAGAAUACUCAUUUUAGAAAGGUUCGAUAGUGGUUGUGAUUCGUCCAAGAUCGUCACGCACACACACACCACACACACACACACACACACACACGUGUCGGGACAGGACCUAGUUCUCAGUCCUGUACUCUUUCCAGUAUCACACCUCUGAGAUUUUAACCCCAGCCUCAUGGCUAUCAGCUAGUAGAAGUGGCCCUAAGCCUUGCAGGUUUUCUGACUCCAAGUCCAGUGUGACAUGAAAUAUUAAACCAGGUAGGACAAGACCAAGACUUGCCCAGACAGAUUUCACUAUUCUAUGCCCACGGCCUGACGGUACCCCUCCUGGCCAUUUCCUCAGGUCCUAUUGAUUCUGUUGCUACAAUUCUACCUUGCACCUGAGCCAUUAACCUAACCCUCAUCACCUCUCACUGGACUCCUUGCUUCCAGUCUUUAGCCCUUUCCUAUCCCUCCUCCUCUCAGCUGUCAGGCCCACACUCCAGAAACACUGGUAUGGCCAUGCCAUUCCCCUGCUCCAGAAGCUCCAUGGCUCCCUUGUCUGUAAACUCCAGAGCUUGGCAUUUAAAGCCCUUCUGCCUCGUUCAUUAUUCCUCUUUUUCACAAAUGCCCCAUUCCAGAUGAGCAGGAUUUCUCAGCCCCCAUCUCUGGGCCUUGCAUAGGCUGGCCCCAUACCUGGAAUGUUCUCCUUCCUCGCCUGUCUCUUGGACUCUCAACUCAGCUACCACCUACGCGAGGCCUUUCCUGAUUCCCCCAGCUGUCACUGCUUCUCCCUCCCCUCCACCCACCAGAUCUGUAUA